ACCACAGAAGAGAAGGGGGGAGAUACGUCGGGGAGGAGGGCGGGUGGGUGGCGGCGGCGGACGCCUGCUGCAGACCGCCCCACGCCGCCGACGAUGGUGACGCGGUCGAGGGCGGCCCAGUCGGCAUCACCACCAGCGCCACCAUCGCAGCAGCGCAAGAGGAAGAGGACUGGAACCCCGCAGGAGCGUGAAAUCGCUGGGCCGACCGGCCGCGAGGACGAGGGGAACGCCGAGAAGGAGGCGGCGCCGGCGGUAUCAGCUUCACCAGCGGCGGCAGAGCACGCCCCCUCCUCUUCCGAUGUCAGCUCACCCCUCCGUUGGCCUUCCCUCCCUCGCGCAGUGAUUGGGAAAACUGCCUUUCGAGAUACCAUCUACGAACCAUUUCACAAAAUCGACCAGGCUAUCGUCAGUGCGCAUGAGAAACUACAAAGCAAAUAUCAUGCUAAGCGAGAUCGACAACUUAAGCUAGCUUCAUUGGAUGAUAGUGUACCACGCUCAUGCUUGGUGGAUUCAAGAUUGAUGCAUUCUCGUGAGUCAGCUACAAAGAUAGUUCUUCAAAUUGCAAAGGUCGUUCUAGGUUUAUCAUCGUACAUUGAUGGUAAGCUAUUAAGGCAUUGCUCUGGUUUUGUGAUAGAGUGGGAUGCGGAGAGCAAAAUUGGGAUUAUUUUGACUUCUGCACUCGUGAUCCAAUCAAAAUCUCCAUCCGCUGAUGAGUGGUUAGCUAGAGAUGAGUAUGCUCCUCAUGCUAAGGUGUGCGUUCAUCUGCUUGAUAAAGCGGGUACAGUUGUAGUUGCAGACUUAGUGAACUAUGACAAGCACUACAAUCUUGCUUUGUUCAAGAUUGUUGUUGAUCUAUCUACUCAGAUACCCUAUUUUACCAGUGAGGUGAAGUGUGCUGAAGAAAUUUUUAUAGUCGGAAGAGAUGAGGGUCAAAAUUUGAGUAUAGAUCAUGGUCUUGUGGAGUACAAAGGUCCAAGUACAUUGCAACGCCAUCAUCAUAUGUUUGUCGGCUGUAGGAUCAAUAAGCUUUGUAUUGGAGGACCAGCCAUCAACUUUCAGGGGCAAAUCGUUGGUAUGGUCAGUCUCCCACAAGUGGCAUUUAUACCUUCUUCUAUCAUACUGAAGUGCUUACAAAUGUGGAAGAAAUUUAGGUGCAUCCCUCGCUUGCAUGUUGGCAUGAAGUUUUCUGCAAUUGGCCUACUUGACCCUGCUCGUAUAGAAAAGAUCUCCCGCAAGUGUGAUGUUGAUUCUGGUCUUAUUGUUACACAGGUGUCCAAUGAAUCAGUUGCUGAGAAAUUUGGAGUUAGAAAUGGUGAUAUUAUCCAGUCUUGGAAUGGCGAGAACAUACUUACAACAAUUGAGUUGGAGAACUUCUUGCUGCACAUGGGCGAGAAGCAUCUGGACAAAGGAAAUAGCAUUGGUUCUAGUGUGGAUCUAUCAAUCGGUAUAUUCCACAUCCGGAAAGAUUCCCGUCGCACGAUCAAGCUGACAGUAAAUGUUUCAGAUGAUGUUGAAGUGGUUGCAAAGGGAACCUAUGAUGUUACUCCUAGAGACUGUACCCUGGUAGAUGAUGAUGAUGAUGUGGUGCAAGGAGAAGAAUCUACUCAUGAAACAGCUGCUGAUGAAGUUGGCGACAGAGAAAUUUCUACUUUUUCUGAGCAUGGUAUAACAGGAGUUUGUGAGGUUGAAGUUUACGGUAAAUGAAGACAGUUGAGUCGACCACUUAAUAUCAUAGUUGUGCAUGUUCGCUUUGAACUGAAGUGAUGUUUGUUUACAGUGACCAAAUUGGCUGUGCAAGACAAACUAUGAGCUUAGUUUUUUGUAGCAAAGUCACUAAUUGUGUGGGCAGGUUGACUGGAGAUUAUAGUUGCACUGACCAGAGGGGUGCAUGGCAAAUUGUGAGCAUAAUUUUUUUGUAGCAGAGCCACUAAUGAACUGACGUGAUGAUCCGGAUACAGUUGGGAUUUUUGUUUGUUCAGUUGAGAAUUUAGUUUUGAUACGACGCUUCUAUACAGUUAUGUGGUGCUUGGAGUGUUGGGGAUGCCCUACAGUACUACAUGGAGCCAGCUCUUGCUGUGGCAGUGCUAUGUUGUCCCUCUGAACCAUUUUACAUUUAAAUGUUUGGAGAAAUGAAGGCCAUCGUCCAGAAAAAAGAAAUUAGAAUUUGAUCGUCGUUUCUUUGCAUGUUUGAUUGUGACUAACAAGUUAAGUUUUGUAUUCAAUGAUUCUAGGGAUUUUCAUUGGAAUAUAAGAGUGAUUAAGCCAGCUCAAGCUCCCGAUCUGCUUGCGUCAUAUUUGACAGGUUGUCCAUUAACGCAUCUGCAAGGUUCAUAUCUCUCCAAGUGAAAAGUGAACAGCAGGAUGAUCCCAAGAUAAUGCACGUCGUGGAUUAAGGGUGAAUACGUCUAGGACCUACGAUAGAAGAUAAAGAAAAUAAAAAAAAGGAAGGAAUGAUUACGGCAAAAAAAUUUAUACGAGACAAAUCGGGAGAGUUUACGUGACU